CUUCUGUCGCGCCGCGUGACGUUCCACACUCCACACACUUUGUGGUUCGUUCUUUUCUUGAUCUUCGCGCCUUCUCGUCGUUCAUUCGUCAGCAUGCCUGCACAGUUCGCAUACUGGAACAUUCGAGGGCUGGCUCAGCCCAUCCGCCUCCUGCUGGAGUACACUGGGACUGAGUACGAGGACAAGCGGUUCCAAUGCGGACCAGCCCCUGACUAUGACAGAAGUGAAUGGCUGGACAUCAAACAUACAUUCGGCCUGGACUUUCCCAACCUUCCGUACUACAUCGAUGGCGACACUAAAAUCACUCAGAGCAACGCCAUUCUGAGGUACAUCGCCCGCAACAACAACCUCUGCGGUGAGACUGAACAGGAGCGGGUCCGGGUGGACAUCAUGGAGAACCAGUCCAUGGACUUCCGUAACGGCACCGUCAGACUGUCCUACAACCCGCAGUUUGACGAGCUGAAACCAAAAUACAUCAAAGACGUCUACAAUGUCAUCAAGCAGUUUUCUCAGUUCCUUGGCUCUAACCCGUGGUUCGCAGGAGACAAGAUCACGUUUGUGGACUUCCCCAUGUACGAGCUUCUCGACCAACAUCGUAUCUUAGAGCCAACGCUGUUGGACGACUUCCAGAACCUCAAGGAUUUCUUGGCGCGGUUCGAGGCACUGCCAAAGAUCGCAGCAUACAUGAAGUCUGACCGCUUCCUGAGUCACCCCAUCAACAACCCCAUGGCCAAAUUCGGCGGAAAAUAAAGAUGCCAUCAGAGGGA